AGAUAGAGAAGUUAGUAACAGCAAUGGGGGGAGUUUUGCAUGCUAAAGCAUCUUUGGAUGUUAACUUUGUUAUUGUGAAAAAUGUCUUGGCUGGAAAAUACAAGUGGGCCUUGAAUACAUUAAAGAAGCCGAUUGUCACUAUUAAUUGGUUAUCUCAGUGCUGGAAUGAGCAUCGUAAUGUUCCUCAAGACUCCUUUAGGGUUCUUCCUUUUUCUGGUUUGAUGAUCUCUGUAACCAGAAUUCCAGCAGAUGAGCGAAAGGAGAUUGAAAAGCUUAUCACAGAAAAUGGUGGAAAGUAUUCUGCUGAACUUACAAAGAAGUGCACGCAUUUAAUUUCUGAUAUAUCCUUUUAUGAUUCUUAAGAUAAGCAAGGAAUUGGAAUCAUAUGUGUACUUUUCUAUGUCAGACCUGAUAACACAAGCAGACUUCAACUUAAUGAAGCAAACCUUGAAAUAUUUAUGUUUUGUGUGUGGUAUAAGAUCAUAUAUUCACUCUCCUAUAAAUCUAGACUUUUGCUCAUCAUAGCUGCAAUCUUUCCUGAAUGAUCACACCAACCCUACCUUUGACUUCUAAGAGUGUACAGAGACCUUUUCUCAUUUCUGUGUUCAGUUCUUUCCUAUUUGUUUGUGUGGUUUCUGUAAAAUGAAGUUUUUGAGCAACAUCAUCCACGCAUUCCUAAAG